AUGUCGAAAGUGGCUAGCUUAUCUUACAAGAAAAGCCAGAAACUCUUACAGUCCUUGCGCGACCAACAAUGGCACUCCCUGGGCACUGGGUUUGAGAGUGCCAAUAUCCUCUUCUCGCCCAAGUAUCGCCUCAAAGACAAGGACCUGAGAAAGAUCCACAAGGCUGCGCGUGUCGGGGAUGCAGUCAGAGUGCAGCAGCUCCUGCUUGGGAAAUGCGGUGUGAACGACAGAGACAAGAAGAAGAGGACCGCCCUCCACAUUGCCUGCGCUUACGGCCGCCCAAAAGUAGUGAAGGCCCUGAUUGAGAAAAAGUGUGAGAUGGAUGCCGUUGACAGUGACAGAUGCACAGGUCUGGUAAAGGCUGUGCAAUGUCAGGAAGAAGAAUGUGCCACCAUUCUGCUGGAGAACGGUGCCAACCCGAAUAUUGUGGAUGCCCAGGGCAACAGCGCUCUCCACUAUGCUGUCUAUUAUAAGAAUACAUCACUUGCUGCAAGACUGCUUGAACAUGAAGUGAAUAUUGAAGAGAAGAAUAAGAGUGGCUUCACGCCAUUUUUAUUGGCUGUCAGUGAAAACAAACUGAAGAUGGCAAAAUUUUUAUCAACGAAGAAUGCUAAUGUGCAUGCCACUGAUAACCAGAAAAGAACAGCCCUCAUGCAUGCUGUAAGUCAUGACUCAACAGAUAUAGUCAGAUUUAUUCUUCAGCAAGGUGUAGACCUCUUUUGGAAAGAUGCCUUUGGAUUGACCGCAAUCGAUUAUGCUGAUGAUUUUAAAUAUUAUGACAAUAUGAAAAUCCUUCUUGAAUAUAAAGAGAAAAGAGAUGAGAAGUCUGAAAGAAGUCUGAAUGAACUAGUGGAGGGAAGUGCUGAAGAGGACAUUUCCAGAAGGAAGGACCAACAGAGCCAGAAAGUGGAAAAAAUGAAAAAGGAAGGAUUGGCUGAACCAGGAACUGGAAGAAAAGAACAAGAGCCGGCUGGAGGGGUGACAUCAGUGCACGACCCGAGGAGGCUCGAUGGCGGAGGAGAUGACCAGCUCCAGGAAGGUGCAACAGAGCCAUGGGCUAGCAAAGAAGAUGAAGAUAUGGCACACACAUUAGCCACAGAAAAAGAGGAUAAAGACGAAUCAUCCUGGGACUCUGAGAGUGUCUCUGAGACUCUUCCACUUAUUCGCAUUGGUGUUGAUGGAAUGUUACAAGUAAAUGGCCAAGCAGUAGAAAAUCCAGAGAAAUAUCUUCACUGGCUGGUAAUAACAUUUACCUUCUAUCUUGAAUUAUUAAAGCCAGGCUUAGAAUUGACUUCGGAGGAAGAGCACAAAGGGCCUGCCAGAAAUGAAGAUAAGCAGUGUCAGGUUGAAGAAGAAAGGAAGCAGGAAUGGGACGGAGGGGAAGCGUCAGAGAGCCUGUGCGCUGCUGCUCUUGACCAUGGUGGCGGUAGAUCACCUCUAACAAGGAAGAAUGGGACGACUAGCUGCCAGCGGUCUCCUAGUACUGACAGCAAAGAGCAGGAUGGUGGUUCUGCCUUGGAUAUAAAAGAAGAAAAGAAAAUAGGCCAUGGAAACUGGUCGUCGGGAGACUUUGUGACUGGACUGCCCGCUGGGGAGUCUGAGUUGGCAGCUCAUCUCCUGAGAGUGAAGGACACUUGUGGUUUAAAUGACAGCAGCCCUGAUAAAGGAAGGUCUGCAAAUCAAAAAUCAAAGGAAAAGCAUAAGGUACUAGAAACAAAUGCUGUGGAAGACGCUGAUGACCUCACUCAGCCGUCUGAGUCAUGCUCAGAAGACGAGGCAGACCUGUAUCCUAACAGACAGCAAACAGAAACUGAAAAGGAGCCCUGGGAGCUACUUAACAGGAAAACUGGAAACAUGGAAAACAGAGAAGCUAAAGAAGAGGGGAUGAAAACAGAGCCCGUGAGAUCAAGAGUUGCAUUAAAACACAAAGAGAAGAAGGAGGAGAAUGAAGGAGUGAAGACUGAGUUGCCAGGGAAAGAUGAACUUUCUACCGAAGACGCUGAAGACCAGCAAUAUGCAAUGGCUCUGGGAAGCCUGCACAUGAGAGCAAAGCAGACCUUGAGUCAGUUGCAAGAGGCACAGGAUCGACAAAGAGAAGUCAUACAGAGUUCUCAGAAGACGCAGGAUUGCUUGCAGAAGUUUCAAGCUAAAUGUUCUGAGGCAGAAGUUACAAUACAAGAACAAGGAAAGAAAAUUGCAGAGCUUCAGGAGCUAUGGGCAAGCUUGACGAGAAGCAAAGAGGAACAGCUAAAGAAACUCAACAAAAUCAUACUAUGUCUGAAGUGUUCUUUGGACCAAAAGAAGAGUAAAAAUGAAGAAUUGGAGAGGGAGUUCACUGAAAUAAAGAAACACUUAGAAAUAAUGAAAAGAAAAUUGAAUGAUCAUGAAAAUGGAGAAUUUAGUUGCCAUGGAGAUUUAAAAGCUAAAGAACUUGAAGUGAAUAUUUCAGUGGAUGUGUUAAAAAAUGAGAUCCAUGAAUUGAAAGAAAAAUGGGGAACUAUAAACGCCAAAUAUCUACCUCUGAAUGUACAAUUUAAAUACAUUGAACGGGAGUUGUUAUCAAUAAAAAUAGCACAAAAGCAAUAUGAGAGGCUCCACAAGGAUCAGAAGGUUCUGGAAAGAGAAGUGCUAGACCUGCAGCACCAGCUACGAGAGAACAUGGCAGAAUCAGAAGAUAAAAAACAUGAAUUGGCACUAAGAGACAGUAAUAAUGAUUCGGUAAUGAGUCAAAUGGAACUCAGGCUGAAAAAUCUUGAAUCCGAGCUUGAGAAAAUGGAAGCUGAAGGAGAGUCUAAUGCAAGAAAGGCAGAGAAAUACAAGCAGUGCUGUGUCAAAGAAAGGGAGCUCAGCAAGAUAUUAUCAGAGAAGCUCAGCAAGACUAACGGCAAACUGAGUAAAGUCAGAACAGACAUUCUGCUGGCGACAGAACGGAACAGAACUGUGCAGAGUGCGCUCAGUAUGAGACCUGUCCCCAAAUGUUCUGGUGUCACAAAAUGUAAUACUUAUGUAAAAUGUGACGCUAGCUUCAUGACAAGCAGAACCCCAGAGCCGUCUACAUCCAGCCCUCAGCCUUCUGAGUCUAGGAGGAGGAGUCUGCUCAAGAAGCAGCAGCAAAUGGUAAAAGACAUAACUGCAGAGGUAGAUAAAGCUGCAGCUGAACUUGAGUGUUGGUCCUUAGAUGCUUAUCCUUCAGGAUCUAAGUAA